CUGGUCUUCCAUUCUAGAGAUACGAUGGUUUAAACGGCGCUGAAAAUUCGGAGUUGGCAAGGACUUUCAAGAACAAUACUGAAAAUGGCUGCACGAUCCGUUAUUAAAUAUUUACGUCCGAAAACUGUUGUACCCCAAAUUCACAGAUGCGCAUCUGCGUUGUCUGCAUUUGAAAUACAACAUAAAACCCCAACUAUCAAAAAAGUAAUGCCCAUACCAAAAGCCCAUUAUGGUGGACGACACACAGUCACCCUUUUACCUGGUGCUGGAAUUGGCCCAGAAUUGAUGAACUACGUGAAAGAGGUCUUCAGUUAUGCAGGUGUACCAGUAGAUUUUGAGGAUGUAGAAAUUGAUCCAAAUGCAAACGAUAACGUUGAUUUAGAUUAUGCUAUUACAUCAAUUCGUAGGAAUGGUGUAGCACUGAAAGGGAACAUCGAAACUCGCAGUACAGAAGCUGGUGUACUUUCCCGAAAUGUUGCUCUCCGCAAUGAGUUAGAUCUUUAUGUAAAUGUCUUGCACUGUGUAUCGUAUCCUGGGGUAAAUUCACGACAUAAAAAUAUUGAUAUUGUUAUUGUUAGACAAAAUACAGAGGGGGAAUAUGCUAUGUUAGAGCAUGAAAGUGUCAAAGGUGUUGUUGAAAGCAUGAAGGUUAUUACAAGUGUUAAUUCUGAACGUGUAGCAAGAUACGCGUUUGAAUAUGCUAAACGAAAUGGAAGGAAAAAGGUUACCACAGUUCAUAAAGCAAAUAUAAUGAAGCUUUCUGAUGGGUUAUUUUUAGAAAUAUCAAGAAGAGUUGCAAAAGAUUACCCAGAUAUUACUCAUAAUAAUAUGAUUAUUGAUAAUACGUGUAUGCAAUUGGUCUCAAAUCCACAUCAGUUUGAUAUAAUAUUAACAACCAAUUUAUAUGGAGCAAUUGUAUCAAAUGUAGUAUGUGGUUUAUUAGGUGGUGCUGGAUUAUUAGCAGGCAAAAAUUUUGGCGAUCAUUAUACAAUCUUUGAACCAGGUACUCGUAACACUGGUACAGGCAUUGCUGGAAAAAAUAUUGCUAAUCCUAUUGCAAUGUUAAAUGCUGCUGUUGAUAUGUUACGUCAUCUUGGACAUAAAUAUCAUGCUUCUUUAAUUCAGAAUGCCAUCAAUAAAACUAUAAACCAAGGUAUACACACUCGCGAUCUUGGUGGACAAGCUACCAGUAGAGAAGUUGUCGACACCAUAAUGAAACACAUUAAAACAGCAUCUGAUUAAGACUGAUAAAUAUAUCAUGUUAAAAACUGAUAUAAUAAUCUAGAACUAUACGUAUAUAUUUAAUUUUACUUUUUCGAAAGGAUAUCCAUCGUUUGGUAUAAUAUUGAAGUAUUGUUGCAAUUGAUAGCAUUAACUAUAUCUUACUUCUUUGCUUAAAAGAGACUCUAUGCGUAUUUCGUACAAAAUUAUAUAAAACAACUUUUAAUUAAAAUGACACAUUUGAUACUUGUACUAUAAUAAUAUUUUAUGUAAUAUAAUGACAUCGUUGAAUUAUUCAUCAAGUUCGAAAUUUGUAAAAUAUAUAUAAGCAAAAUAGUAUUAGUAGAGAUUAAAUAUUGUAAUUAUUCUUACAAGACAUGUUUGGGAUGUAAAUUUUUUUCAUUUACAUCUCGUUGAAAUAUAUUUUCUUGCAAUUUUAUGUUUCUACAUGUCUUUAAUAAUUGUAGUCUAAUGGUAAUUUGCUGAAAAAAUGAUUUGUACUGAACGAUAUAUUAGUGAACUUAAUUUAUUUUAUUUCAUUUAUAAAAUAUUUAGAUAGUGGAAAAUACUUAAUAUUAACAAUAUUGUAUUAUAGAAUAUAUAAAAAUCAUUAAAAUCCUGAUA